AAAUCUAUCGAAUCUUUGGAAUCCCAAAACGAUCAUGACUUUGAAGGUUUAUCUGCAAAAGUUAAAUUAUUAAAAGAAAUUUCAAUUAAUAUUGGUACAGAAGUUAAAGAUUCGUCUAAACUCAUGUCAAAGAUGAAUGAUUCGUUUUUUGAAGCUACGGGUCUUUUAUCCGGUACAUUUAAAAAAAUGAAUAAGAUGUCAGAAAGACAAACGGGUAGAUGGUGGUAUUGGAUGUUGUUUUUGAUUAUCGUCUUUUGGGUUUUUGUUUUGACUUGGUUGUGA